CAUUGAUCCCUUGUCUCCUCCACCACAGCCACCUCAUCCUCUUGCAUUUUCUCACCUUCAUCUCUUUUAACCUUCCUUGGAUCCUGUACUCGUUUCCUUCACUCCCCCCUCGUCUUCGCUCUUUCGUCACCUCCCUCACUGUCUACUAUCAUCCGUUUCCUCCAAUCUCUCCCGAGCUUUUUCAUCGCCUCCUUGUCUCUGUCAUUGCCACCUAAUUUCUUUUGGUGCGUCCCCAUCUUCUUCGUUGCUUCCUCAUUCCUCUCGUUUCACCCUCUUCUGCUUGACGACCUUCUUGUCUCUUGCUUCGCCUCCUUACACCCCUUCUCUGCCAUGACCAACAAACUUUUCCUGCCUCCCCACCAUGUUUUCCAUUUUUGUGCCUUCCUUGUCUCCUCAUCUCCUUCCUGGUCUCCUCUUCUCUUUACCUACCUCCACUUCUAAUAUUCCUGCAUCCUCAACUUCUUUUCUAGUUCCCUUUCUCCUCUUCUGUCUCCUCAACUCCUUUGCUGCCUUGUCAUCACCUUUUCCUUUACCUACCCAUCUCCUUCUAUAGCUCUUUGUUUCCUUGCCUGCUGCCAUUUCUAAUUUUCCUCCAUCCUAAUCUCAUUUUCUUGCUUUCUCACCACCUUUUCCUGCCUCCUCAUCUCCUCCUUACUCUCCUCAUCUACAUCAUCAUCUUCACUGACAUCUUUCCUUGAGGGCAGUUCUCUCCCCCUUUCAAUUUUCUGUGCUUUCUUGUCCACUUUGCCUCCUCCUCAUCUCCUUCCUUAUCGCCUCGUCUUUGUACAUGCUUCUAAUUCUCCUAUCUCCUCAUCUCCUUUAAUCCGUCCUUAUCACCUUUUUCUGCCUUCUUGUCCACUCUGCUGCCUCCUCAUCUCCUUCCUCACCCCCCUCGUCUCCUUACCUGCCGCCACUUGUCAUUUUCCUGUCUCCUCAUCUCCUUAUCCAAUUGCUUGUCACCUGUCCUGCCUCCUCAUCUCCUUCCUUACCUCCUUGUCUCCUUACAUUCUGCCACUUCUAAUUUUCCUGGCUCCUCAUCUAUGUUCUCCCCUCCUCAUCACCUUUUUCUGCCUCCUUGUUCACUCUGCUGCCUCCUCAUCUCCUUCCUUACCCCCCUCGUCUCCUUACCUGCCGCCACUUGUCAUUUCCCUGCCUCCUCAUUUCCUCCUCUCUGUCCUCAUCCCCACCACCACCUUCACUGACUUCCUGUCCUUGGGGGCAGUGUUCCACUUCUCCCAGCGCUUCACCACGGUGGUACCAGAGAGCUGCAUGCUGAUCCUGCUGGGUCUGGUUCUGGGUGGGAUCGUGUUGCUGGCCAAUAAGAAGCAGGUGUACCAGCUGGAGCCCGCCCUCUUCUUCCUCUUCCUGCUGCCCACCAUUGUGGGUGACGCUGGCUACUUCAUGCCCGCACGCCUCUUCUUCGACAACCUUGGCGCCAUCUUGACCUACGCCGUGGUCGGGACCCUGUGGAACGCCUUCUGCACCGGACUCUGCCUCUACGCUGCCAAGCUGCUGGGGGUCAUAGACCAGCGUGUGCAGGCGGGGCUGAUGGAGUUCCUGCUGUUCGGGGCUCUGAUCUCAGCGGUGGAUCCAGUCGCUGUCCUGGCCGUGUUUGAGGAGGUCCACGUCAACGAGAUGCUGUUCAUCAUUGUGUUCGGAGAGUCGCUGCUCAACGAUGCUGUUACUGUGGUUCUGUACAAAGUCUACAUCUCAUUUGUGGAGGUCGGAGUGGAGAACGUUCAGACAGCUGAUUACUUUAAAGGAGUCGCGUCUUUCCUCAUUGUCAGUGUAGGCGGGACCCUGGUGGGUCUGGUGUUCGCCGUCCUCCUCGGCUUCAUCACACGCUUCACCAAAAAGGUCCGGAUCAUCGAGCCUCUCUUCGUCUUCCUCCUGGUCUACCUGGCCUACCUCACUGCCGAGCUCUUCUCGCUGUCGGCCAUCUUGUCAAUGACUUUUUGUGGAAUCGGAGCCAACAAAUACGUGGAAGCCAACAUUUCCCAGAAGUCCCGGACCACGGUGAAGUACACGAUGAAGACGCUGGCCAGCAUCGCAGAGACCAUCAUCUUCAUCUUCUUGGGCAUCUCUGCGGUGGACAAGUCCAAGUGGGCCUGGGACACGGGCCUGGUGUCCUGCACCCUCGUCUUCAUCUUCGUCUUCAGGGCCAUGGGGGUCGUCGGUCAGACUUGGGUCCUGAACCGCUUCCGCCUGGUACCGCUGGAUAAGAUCGACCAGGUGGUGAUGUCGUACGGUGGCCUGAGGGGGGCAGUGGCGUUCGCUCUGGUGGUGCUGCUGGACGGCCAGCAGGUCAAAGCCAAAGAUUACUUUGUGGCCACGACGAUAGUGGUGGUCUUCUUCACCGUCAUGUUCCAGGGUCUGACCAUAAAGCCGUUAGUCAAGUGGCUGAAGGUUCCUCGCUCCACCAACAGGAAGCCCACCAUCAACGAGGAGAUCCAUGAGAGGGCCUUUGAUCACAUCCUGGCAGCAGUGGAGGACAUUGCUGGUCUGCAGGGUUACCAUCACUGGAGAGACAAGUGGGAGCAGUUCGAUAAGAAGUACCUGAGCAAGCUGCUGCUCAGGAAGUCCGUUUACAGGAAGAGUGAACUCUGGGAAGCUUAUCAGAAGAUCAACAUCCGAGACGCCAUCAGCGUCAUAGAUCAGGGUGGAAACGUCCUGACAUCGGCCCGGCUGUCUCUCCCGUCCAUGGCCAGCAGAGCUUCGUUCCCUGAGGUCACUAACGUCACCAACUACCUACGUGAGAACGGCAGCGGCGUGUGUCUGGACCUGCAGGUCAUCGACAACAUCCCCGGGGCCAAAGUGGAGGAGGGCGUGGAGACGCACCACGUCCUGGCGGAGAACCUGUACAAACCCAGGAGACGGUACCAGUCCCCCUACAGCCGGCACUUCAUGGCUCUCGGGGACCAGGAGCGCCAGGAGCGUGAGGUCUUCCAGAGGAACAUGAGGCGCCGCAUGGAGUCCUACAAGUCGUCACGUUACAAGCGGCACAAGAAGGAGCGAAGCUUCCGGAAGAGUCGGGGAUCGGACGUGAAAGAAGAUGGAGGAGACAAGCCGAGGCGUAACGUCAGUUGGCAUGACAAAGAUCCAGUGGUGGUUCCUGUGGAGUCCGAGGAGGAGAAGGGAGACGUGUCUGACCCAGAGAAGGAGGAGGACGUCGGCAUCACCUUCACUGCGCAGAAGGUGGAGACGCCAAAACCUCGACCCAAAUCAGUCCCACCAGCUCUGGACUCCAGCAAGAGUCCGACAGAAGCUCCAGUCUCACCGGCAAGCAGCAUCAGCCUCCUGCCAUGGAAGGGGGGAGUGAGUUCUCCUCCCCCAUGCGUCUCUCUGGAGUCCACCAAGAUCAUCCCAGUGGAUCUUCAGCAGGCGUGGAACCAGAGCAUCUCCUCCUUAGAGAGCAUCUCCUCGCCACCGCCUGCAUCCGAGCCCGUCCACCCUCGGGUUGGCGUCCUGGCAAGACUGGGCGCCGCCCGUCCCGCCUCUUACUCCCCCCCGAGCAGCGUGGAGACCAGAGCCUCUUCCUCCAGUGCUCCAGUGGUGGGAACAUCUAACCCUUUCCCACUGAAGAAGAAACGAGGGAAGGAGGACGAACACAUGUCUGCGAAGGAGAUGCAGCCGCUCAUGUCCCCCCCUCCACAUCCCCCUCCCCCGCCGCCCCCAGGCCCCGUCCCUGACGCCACUAGCAGGCGGAACCCAAGGGUGUUUCUCCGGAGCUUGGUGAAAGCGCCCUCCACUGGAGAGCAGCACAGCCGAGGACCCACGCAGCUUUAACAAAAGAGAGGUCACAUGAUCAGAUCCAUCCUCACCGUCAUGAGGAUUGUAAUUUUUAAGCGUAACUUUGUAAAAUGUCCAUAUAUAUAUAUUUAUGUAAUAAUUCUAUCAUAUCACUGCUGACCAAACGACUGAAGUAGUUUUCAAUUGCAAAUUCUGCCUUAAUGUGUGCGUCUGUUUUUUGUAUGUUCGCUUUUGCCAAAGAGUCUAUUAUUAUUAUUAUUAUUAUUAUUAUUGUGUGUGUGUGUCUAAGCUGCAUACAUAUAGAAAAUGGCACAGGAAUCUAGAGACUUCUGUGGUUCGUAAUAAAUGUCCAGGCAGCUAAUUGUCAUGGAGCAACUACUGGGUUUAUGUGUCAAUGUCUGAUGCCAGUUGUGUCUGUCGU